AUGGUGAAUUCAACUUUAUCUUAUUUCAUUUUUGGAGCUUAUCUGCAUGUUGGAGAUUUUAAAUAUUUCUAUUUCAUGUUAACUGUGAUGACGUACAUUGUAAUUGUUAUUUUCAAUACAUCUCUCAUUGUGGUUAUCUGUAUGAACAGAAGCUUACAUGAACCUAUGUACCUUUUCCUGUGCAGCCUGUUUGUAAAUGAACUGUAUGGUAGUACAGGGUUGUUUCCAUUCCUUCUGCUUCAGAUCCUCUCGGACAUUCACACUGUUUCUAAAGCUUUUUGCUUCCUGCAGAUCUUCUGUAUUUAUACAUAUGGCAAUACAGAAUUUUGUAAUUUAGCCAUCAUGUCUUAUGACAGAUAUCUUGCUAUCUGUUAUCCUCUGCAAUAUAACACACGGAUGACGUCUAAGAAGGCAGUUAUCUUUAUUAUUUUAAUAUGGUUGUACCCAUUUGUGAAAUGUCUCAUUAAUUUAUCCUUAAACAUCCGUUUGACAUUGUGUGGAAAUGUCAUAAACAGUUUGUAUUGUCAUAACUAUCUAGUUGCUAAGUUGGCUUGUUCUGAUUCCAAAGUGAAUAACAUUUAUGGACUUUUUGGUGUUGUUCUUACCGUCAUAGUCCCUCUGUUUCCAAUCCUUUUCUCUUAUAUGAAAAUUCUUAAAAUUUGUUUUUCUGGUUCCAAACAGACCAGACAGAAAGCUGUCAGUACCUGCACACCUCACCUUGUUUCCCUGCUUAACUUUUCUUUUGGGAGUUUGUUUGAAAUACUCCAGAGUAGAUUUGAUAUGAGCGGUGUGUCCAGUGAGUUUAGAAUCAUUCUGUCUCUGUAUUUCCUGAUAAUGCAACCACUUUUGAAUCCUAUCAUGUAUGGACUGCAAAUGUCCAAAAUACGAAAUACAUGUAAACAACUGUUCUGUGAUAAAAUGUUGUCCGGUCACAGAAAUACUAUGUAA